GACCUAGGCCGAGUUGGUUAUGAGGUGUGAUGAUUACGAAAACUUAUCGCGGAAGAUUCUCCAUGGGAUGUCAAAAUAGCCGCUUUGAUCUUUGUAGUCUUUUUAGUCCAGUCGUUGGAAAUACCUAUGAUGACCUUCCAAGGAGUCGCCGAACAAUAAAAUUCUAAGAAAGACCGUAAUCUUUCAAAAGUAGCCGCAAAACUGUAAAACAGCUGCCGAACGAUAAAGUCGCCUAACUUAAAAGUUGCUGUCGAAUGUUAAAUCCGCCGAAAAUAAUGGGUUGCCAAAUAAAAAAGUCGCCGCCGAAUGAAAUAGUCGCCGAAACUUGAAGGUCGCCUAAUAAAAAAGUAGCCACCGAAUAUAAAAGUCGCCGAGGAUGACAGUCCCGGCGUUCCAUAGAAAACAGGAGCUUUUUUGGCACUGCGGCAGUGCCGAUAGAAGACAGGAGCUUUUAUCCGCACUGCGGCAGUGCCGAUAGCCACUACCAAAAAGGCAUUGGGCAUAUUGAGAACGGGCUGUAAUUCGUUAUUAAAAACUAAUCUUUUAAGGAAAGUUCUUCAAAGAGGAUAUUCACCAUUUGAAAGAUGUGUUUCACAUUCCAGAUCAAGUUAAAUGUAGAAACAACUCGAAAAUUGAAGGAAUUGAAGCACUCGGUAUAAUGUUGCAACGAUAUGCAUAUCCUUGCCGAUAUGUUGACAUGAUUAAAACUUUUGCUAGGCCCGUACCCCAGCUUUGUUUAAUAACUGGUCAGAUGACAAACCACAUAUACAAUAUGUUUAGUAGACUUCUAACAGACCUUGAUCAACCAUGGCUUUCACCAGUCAAUCUUGAAAAGUAUGCCCAAGCAGUGUUUGAAAAGGGAGCUCCCCUUAAAAAUUGCUGGGGCUUCAUUGAUGGAACCAUUAGGCCAGUGUGCAGACCUCAAGAAAAUCAACAGGUUCUGUUUAAUGGUCAUAAAAGGCUACAUUCUAUAAAGUUUCAGUCUCUGGUGGCAGCAAACGGCAUGAUUGCCAACAUGUACGGUCCUAUUGAAGGGAGACGGCAUGACAAUUUUAUGCUGCGUGAGUCAGGCUUACUGGAUCAAUUGCAAAUGUCUGUUGAUACAAACAAUGAAAUCAUGUGUAUUUACGGGGACCCAGCAUAUCCUAUAAGACCUCAACUUCAAGCACCAUUUAAAGGCAACCUAUCACCAAUAGAACAGGACUACAAUAAGGCAAUGAGUGAAGUGCGUGUUUCUGUGGAAUGGUUAUUUGGGGACAUAUUAAAUUACUUUAAAUUCACUGAUUUUAAAAAAUCACAAAAAGUUGGAAUGAGUGCUGUGGGGAAAAUGUAUCUUGUUUCUGCUUUACUGCAAAAUGCACACACAUGCCUAUACAGAAACACAACAUGUAAUUACCUUGAACUCUGUCCUCCCAAGUUAUAUGAUUAUUUUCAGUGAAUUUUGUUUGUUGGUGUGUUGACACAAUAAAAGUGGAUAUCAGAUAUAAAUACAAAUCUCUUUUUAUUCAAUACUGUUCUUCCGUACUAUUCCAGGUUUGAAUGUCAAAACCAAAGUAAAAUACAGUAUAAAAACCAGCUGUGAAAAAUUCACAACAGAAUAGCCUACAUUAUUUACAUUUAAAGUGAGGCCAAACAACAAAGGUUUGCAUUAAUGUUAACAUGACUAAACAUAUACAACAUCAAAGGUCAACAUUUUUAUUCAUAUUUUAGAAUCUUUUUUUUUAAAAUUCUACUGUAUUUUUUUUUACGUAUUUUUUUUAAUGUAGACAUGUCCAAGCAGUCGAAAACAUAAUACUGUACUGUACUCGCAAGACCAACAGCCUGUUCAACUCAAGAGCCAGAUGAAAAUUGAAAAUACCUGUCCACUUAUUUGAUAGCUAGAUAUUACUUCUCCUUAAUCAACAACAACUGCAUGAGCAUGUUCAUUUGGGUGCUCUGUAACUUUAACU